AUGUACGAGCCAUUCUAUCUCGCCUUUGAUGCCUACCCAACUGUCGUCCCGCGAGUGAAGGUGCGAGGCCUCAUGGCACUGUUCCUGGCGGUUUCAAUUUUGUGGGCGCUGAUCUGGCUUCUCUACCGAGCAUGGCAAGUCUGUCAAACUCCUAAUGAUGUUCUCGUUGAGAAAUUGGGCCUCGACAUUCCACCACCACCAGAGGUCACCCUGGAGGAAAUCACUGCUCGUGAGAUUCGUUUGGCUUGGAAACAGCCAGAGUUUCAUAACUCCAUACACAAGCAUAUCAUCCAAGUGAACAAUGUGAAAGUCGGCGAGUCGAAACGGGCAGAAACUGCGGUUGAAAUCUCGAACUUGAUUCCUGGCAGCAUAUACCAUGUUUGUGUCCUCUCCGUCAGCGCAGCAAAUUUCCAGACUCCGAGCGCCGUCCUGCACGUGCGCACCAAGUCGCUACCUCUCUCCCAAGGCGCGCAAGAUGCGGUCAACGGCGGUCCGAUUAUUCGAGCAUCGAUUCCGAGAUCGAUUGUGGGAUUACCCACCCCGUCCGCUCCUCUCAUGGCUCGUGAGCUCAGCUCGGGCCAGGCACCUGGCAAGCGGCCUUCUACGGGCCGCAAAUCUUCACCCGCGACCGGCUCCACCGAUUUUUCCUACGGCCAAGCCGACGAGUCUCGACGUAACGGCCACCGUUCCAACCGAGACGAGAGUCUGGAGCAACUGGCGGAACGCCUUAAAGCUCUUCAGCAGGAGAACGAUAACGUGGAGAAACAGGCAGCAGAAGAAGACGAGGAACAUUCGCAGCAAUUGAAGGACCUCGAAAAACAGCGGGACGAGUUGAAGAAACGUGUCAAGGAAAAGGAUGAAGCUAGCGGAGACCUGAAAAAGCACGUCUCCAAGCUGGAAAGUGUUAACCGCACCGUGCAGAGCGAGAAGACCAAGCGUAUGAGACUUCUCCAGCAGAAAGAAGCUGAGCGUGAUAAGCGAAAGAAUGAUAUUUUGCGAUGGCAGGAGAAGGUCGCCCGAAUGAACGCGGAUGCGGCGCAGGCCAAGGAAGACAAGUCCCGUGUGGAGGAAGAUGGCAAGGCCCGAGGAGACGAAAUUCGCAAAAAGAUUGCCAAAGAACAAGCGGACAUGAAGAUGAUUGACGAUGAAAUUCAAGACAAGGGUGGUCGUAUCAAGAAACUCGAAGACGAAAGGAAAGGACUUCAAGAUGGCGAAAGUGAGGACGGAAAGGAGCUGGAUCGAAUCGACAACGAGCGAGCCCGGCAAUGGGAGAUGAAGCUGAACAGUCUGCACGCACGAUAUGCCACAUUGGUCAAUCUGCAUGCGCAAGCUCAACAGCAGUAUCAAGAAGCCCAAGAACGGUUGAAAUGGCUCACGAACCAGCGUCCGAACAGUUCGGGCUUUUUCAACAUGCCCUCCUUGGACCUGGAUAUGAACAAUGCUGCAACCAUACGGCCACGACGGCACCGCAGCUCCCUGAAUAGCAAUGUUUCCUCCCCAGUCAAUUUCCCCGGUGUCGAGUCAGCCUUCCCAGGUAGCUUGACAUACAAUCCUCCGGUUACGAAUUCGCCCACCUUCCCACCCAGUUCUGCCUUUUUCAACAUUAAUAACGGAAUGACAAUUCCCGAUCUCUCUGAGCCGCCCGAAAUCAUGCGUUCCGACGCAGAGUCUACAUUCAACAACCCUCAAAUGAGUCCUCGUGCGGAUGCCUUGCUGCCAUCUGAUCUUCUGGGUGACGAGGAGUCUCCGGAGUUCCCGCAACCACUGACACGGCCACUUUUCUCCGCAAUCGAAGCGCCGAAUGCCUCCCGAGAUAAUUUCCACGUCGGGCCUGCCUCCCCUGCAUCUUCUGAAAGCUGUCGGGCUGUCAGCCGCCGCAGAGCGACCCAAAAGCGCCACACGUCGACUUUCUGGCUCUUUGGGUUUCACCGGCCUCGAGGCAAGACGCUGGCCGACGAGCCGCCUAUGCUGGGCACGUUGAAACCAGGUCAAAGCCAGUCCUUCCCCCGCAAUCCGGAUGAACUGGAGCCCAUCGGCUCCCGGCGGCGACGAUUGAGCUACACAGGAAACUGGGCUAAUCCAAUGUCCUUGUUCCCUCGCAGCAACACCACCGGUGCUACUGCGGACAGUUCGUCAGAUCACGCGCCAUCCCGGCGUGCUGCAUUCUCCAGCAUUUUCUCAUCUAGUAGGUUUGGGUUCGGCAGCACUGCCACCCGAGGGAAUUCGGAUCUGAACACGGGCUACAACCAGUUCAGCCCCCGUCAUGAUCCCAUUGAUCCAUCUUCAAUCCUUGGCAAUGUUCGUCGCGGCUCCCUUUCCCCUCGUCCUUCAUCGGCCUUUUCUUUUGACACUCAAAACCAGCUACCUCACCCUUCCACGGACAACCGUCAUUUUGGAUGGCCCUCGACGGAACCGACGGGCCACCGAAACAGCCCAUUGGGCUUGGACUGGGCUUCUCCUUCCACUUGGUCGCGCGGACCUUCCCGUCGGCCCUCGCUCUCUUUCGGUUCAUCGGGGCAUCUUCCAUUGGGUCUCACUGGAGAGCCUGAUUUCGUGGAAGAAACGUAUGAACGACAGCUGCGGCCUCUCCAAGCUCCGAUUGGAACCCGCCCAUCCUCGUCUCACCGUCCCAUGACGCCCAAGCUGAAUCCGGCUGCGCCCACAUUUACCGCCGUCUUCAGCGGCAUGCAGGAUGGUCUGCACCAAGAAGAGGAACAUGACACCCCCUUCGAUCUGCAUGUCGGUGGCGACGGAUCCCCGUCUGAAUCUCGAAUGUCACGGGACUCUCGCUCACUAUCCCACUUCACCGCUGGAUCCUACGAGUCACUGGAGCGCAUGCCAUCCGGCGCAUCUGCUGAAAACAUCUCGAAAGAGUCUUUCAUCCGCAAGAUAACCCGCAAGGGUAGCUCCAGUAAAUUCAGCUCAUGGAAAGACCGCUCGGGCCUCUUCUCCAAAAAGGCCGAGUCCUCACACGGUGACAUUGAGGAGGAUGCGGCGGCCGAGGCACAACUUGGUAAGAGCGUUGACAGCACCAUCUCCAGUGCGCCAUCUGCGGAUCGCUCAACAAGGAGCAGCCUGGGCUUUUUCUCACGCAAGCCACGCAAGUCCGACAAAGCGAGCGAGACGAGCGAGCGAGCCAGCGAAGCAGGCGAUGAGGAUUUUACGCUUGCGGAGAUCGCGCACGCUUGA